AUGCACCGACUGAAACAGUGCUCAAGGCACCCCAGAAGAACUAUAAGACCCUUGUGCGCGUACAGUCGGACCGUUCUGCGGCCGCAUCUGAGCGUGCUGGGCUGGGAUUUUACCCGCGAGCAUCCCGACGUGGCGGUGCAGAUUGAGGCGCUGGAGGGGUUCACGUAUGAGCUGCGGAAUCCGCUGCAAUGGUUCAAUGCGUUGAUCGAGCAACCUGGUUCGCGCGAGUGGCUGCAAACGAUGAACCGGCGUGGUGCGGAUAUCUUUCUGGUUACGGGGUGUCGCUCGUUGCAAGAUGCGCGGGUGACGUUGCACAGGAAGCACCAAAAGACUAAUGGCAUCAAUGUCAUGGUCGACGUUGGCAUGGUCGCUUCCGCUGCUGCUGGUGCUCCGCUGCCCGUCCCUACCGGCCUGGAGAUCGGGAUCCAGGCGGAGCAGAAGACACUUGACCAACAGAACGAGCAAUACGUGGCACCUGGCGAACAAGUAUUUGCAAUCCAAUAUAAGAAACUACGAUUCAAAACCUUCCCUCGGGACGGUGUCCGGCAAGCAUCCGUGGGCUUGUCGACGCUCUGGGAGGAUGUCCUCGUGCAUCAUGGGGAAGCAGCGCUUAGGACAGAAGCCAAAUUGAUCGCCGUGCAACUGGAUGAUGCGGUGCAGGUGGGCAGACCGACGACCAGAGUGUCCGAUGAGGGGGAGGAGGAUAUCUAUUUUGUCGUCGAUGGAGACCACUGA